CGCGCGCGCGCGCGCUGACAGAAUGCAAGCUGUGGGAAGCGAGAGAAAUCCAUAGGCUUGGCGAGAGUUUCGAGCGACGUGGAUCCGACUGCAGCUUUGAUUCCUUUUCUCUCUUCUUUGAUCCCUUUUCUUUAGAUCAAACAAAGAAGUAUUUGAUUUUUUUGAUGCUGGGUUGUGUGGUCGUUUCUGAUCGUCUUCUCCGCCCUUCCCUCGGUUCUAUCACGGGACGAUGAAGAAGGGGCACCUAUGGUGCGGAAAGCUUCGCCGUAAUACAGAUAAUGGGGAAUGAUCUGGCGAUCGCUGCUUCAGCCAGUUCCUCCCGUGAUUCCCGCGUCAAGGUGGGAUCUUGAUCCGGUUUCAACGAUCCCCGCGGCUUCUUUCUCCUAGGGUUCACGGGCUUGUUAUGUUCCUGUUAUCUCUAGAGGGGGCAGCUUUUUCGGAUUUUGUGUUUGGAUUUGAUGGCAUGAUAGCUUGACUUCCAAGUCCAUGAGAGAAUUUCCGGUUUGAAGAUAAUUUCAUCAUGUUUGAUUCUAGUAUAGUUUUAGUAGAUGGCAUUGAUCCAUUCCUGGAGGUUUCGGAAGGAUUGUGUUUGUUCGCUUUGAAUGUGAGGAUUGCCAAUUCAAGAUUGUAACUACAUCCUUAUAAGAGUUGGAAGGCAGUUGGCAGCUUUAGUUCCAGAAAUGAAUGCAUCUUAUUGUGGACUGAUACAUUUGGAAAUAAGGUAGAGGGCAUCCUGUCUUUCUGGUAAUGGGCUGCAUUUGUUCCAAAGAUAUCGACUUGGAAGAGGGUGCGGCGAUACAUCGGAGCAAGUCCUUGAGUCGAUUAGCUACCCUUACGAAGAAGGAUGAGGUAGUGGCUGCCAUUAUCGAUGUCGCGAUUAACGGAAGCCAUUGCGGUACUUCAAGAUUUGCAUCUAAGAUACAGGACAAUGCAACCACCACCCUGUCUCUAUCACUGGAUCAAGGGGAGAAGAUGGUUGCCGCUGUUGCUGACAGGACUAGGAAAGUUCAGGCGCAUCAGAGACAGGCUACUGCAGAUGUUGGAGCACAUAGAGAAGGUUCUGAGGCUAUUGGUGUCUCAAGUAAUAUACAAGAAAACUUAAGAAUUGUAGAUGUGCCCAGUGGGUCUGCAAGAGAGCAUGUUGCAGCAGGCUGGCCUUCUUGGUUCGUGUCUGUGGCAGGGGAAGCAGUAAAGGGGUGGUUGCCAAGGAGAGCAAAUUCAUUUAAGAAAUUAGACAAGAUUGGACAAGGAACUUAUAGUAAUGUUUACAGAGCCCGUGAUCUUGAAACUGGCAAAAUUGUUGCACUAAAAAAAGUGCGAUUUUUUAAUAUGGAUCCUGAAAGCGUCCGAUUUAUGGCUAGGGAAAUUCAUAUUUUGCGUAAACUUGAUCACCCGAAUGUUAUAAAGCUUGAAGGUAUAGUUACAUCACGGAUGUCUUGCAACUUGUACCUUGUGUUUGAGUACAUGGAGCAUGAUCUUGCUGGACUUGCAGCAAGGCCUGGUAUCAAGUUCAGUGAACCACAGAUUAAGUGUUAUAUGAGACAACUACUCGAAGGCCUUGCCCACUGCCAUAGUCAUUGGAUUCUGCAUCGAGAUAUCAAGGGUUCAAAUCUAUUAAUUGAUGAUAAUGGGAUACUCAGAAUAGCAGAUUUUGGCCUUGCAACAUUCUUCCGUCAUGACCAGAAACAGCAGUUAACGAGUCGUGUGGUAACCUUGUGGUAUAGGCCUCCUGAGCUUUUGCUUGGUGCCACAGAGUAUGGUGCUGCUGUUGAUUUGUGGAGCACUGGUUGCAUCCUUGCAGAACUACUUGCUGGGAAACCAAUUAUGCCUGGAAGAACUGAGGUGGAACAGCUGCACAAGAUUUUCAAGCUCUGUGGUUCACCAUCAGAUGAGUACUGGAGGAAGUCCAAGCUGCCACAUGCAACCGUUUUCAAACCUCAGCAUCAAUAUAGGCGUUGUGUUGCUGAGACCUUUAAGGAUUUUCCACCUUCAGCUUUAGCGCUUUUGAAUUCUCUACUUUCUAUAGAGCCAGCCAAUAGAGGAACUGCCAUCUCAGCCCUCGGGAGUGAGUUCUUCUUAACAAAGCCAUUUGCCUGUGACCCUUCAAUUUUGCCUAAAUAUCCGCCGAGCAAGGAGUAUGAUGCUAAGCUUGCAGCUGAGGCAAGGAGGCAAAGAGCAGAAGUUGCCCAUGGACGUGGAUCUGAAUGUGUCAGGUUGGGAAGAAGAGAGUCCAAAGGAAUGCCAGUGCUGGAUGACAACGUGGAACAGAAGAAGUGGCGUGCACAGGCAAAUCCCAAAAGCAUCAGUGAAAAGUAUGAUCCGCAAGAUGACAGUGUGUCUGGGUUCCCGAUCGAACCUCCUGGAGGAACAUCACAAAAUGGAUUCUUCCAAUCGGGUGUACACCCUAAUGCAUUUGGAUCCUCGCGGUCUAAGAAAGUGUAUCAUGAAGAGCUCCGGCCAGUUCCCAGCCGUACAUACAGUUCGUUGAGGGUGCCAAACGACCCUCAGUUGAAGACACAGAGGUCAUACAGGCCUCAGUCAGGGUUUGCGGACUUUGCUGACAUCUCAGGUUCAUUUGCAGCAAGAAGCACUGCAACCUCCACAUACAAUCAUCUUGAUGUGGCUAAGCCCUCGGAAAAGCAUGCUCUUGAUAGGCCUUCCUCGUCCCAAAAGAAAGAUGGAACAAUUGGAAGAAAGGAUUCGAUAUCAGGUUAUGGCACAAGAAUUAAACGGAUACAUUACUCGGGUCCAUUGAUGCCCCCAGGGGGAAACAUUGAAGACAUGUUCAAAGAACAUGAGAGGCAGAUUCAAGAGGCGGUCCGCAAAGCACGCCUCGAUAAAGUCAAGAACAAGAAGUAAUUUUGAGGCAGAUCCAAGAUAUGCACCUUCACGAUACAAGUGACAAUGUUGUAGAUUUAGGUAAUGUUUUUUUAUGUUGUACAUGAAACAAAAGUAUUUUGGUUAAUCAGGGUAGCUUUCAAACGCAUAAGUGAGGAAGAUGAUGUGAAACAUUACUUUGUGGCACAUCCCAAGUGAUCAAUUGAUUGCAAUGUUCUUAUGAUUA